UUCUUGCAAUGCGAUUUAUUGCAUUACACCGUUUGAAGGUUGAAUCAAGUUGAGAGCAGUGUGUAGGGUUUUUGUCAGGUUUGGUGUGUUAAAGACAUUAAUAAACUAAAGCAGCAGAGGUGGAGGAGCAGCCAAAUCCAAGACAACAGAGAUAGAGAUGGAUCCAUUUUCAUCCCCUUCGCCAAACUCUUCUUCCAGUGUUUCCAACGAACACUUAAUGGACCAGCUGAAGACCCAGAUUGCACAGGCAUAUGCUGAAGAAUUUCUCGAGACUUUGCGUACAAAAUGCUUUGCCAAGUGUGUUACCAAACCUGGUACAAGUUUGAGUGGAAGUGAAAGCAGUUGCAUUUCGAGGUGUGUGGAGCGUUAUAUUGAGGCAACGGGUAUUAUAAGCCGUGCAAUCUUCAGUGCAUCUCCUCGCUGAUUGGGAGUCUGUAUUGACUAAUAUUUCCAAUGCAGAAGUCAAUUCUGCAGUGAGAUAAUCCAAUUGAUUUUUUGAAUUUUAAACAUUAGGGAGUUGAUGUUCAGGAUUUUGCAUCGUCGUUCCCAAUUUUGAGAAAAUAAUUAUAUAUAUAUUUUUAAAUUGUGCCAUCUUGCUAAUCUGCAUGUUUGUGUUUACUACUGUUUACAAAAUAUACUACAGUGAAAGCAUUGCAAAUAUCUUAUUUAUUUGCAGCCAA